UCGGUAAGUACGUCUCUAUCUGCUGUCUAUGUUAAUGUCUAGUGGACUGUUUUCGUGUCUCCUCCACCAAGCAUCAUAUCUCUCUGGCUAGGCUGGCUCUGUCUGGUCUCUGUGUCUUUUUUCCCUUUGCCUCCCUGAUCCCAUCCACCACUCCCCCUGAUUUGUCUUGCCCGCCGUGUUUCCCCGGCGUGACUACCUUAACCUGACGACUUCCACCCCUCGUCGUCCACCUCCAUUCCCCUUCGUCAUACCACUGUCCUCUUCGCUCUCAUAUAUACCUCUUCAGCCCCUCCUCCCGAUCCGUGCUCCAUAGCAAGACAUCCUCGCGCUCGUGCUUGCAUUCUUACACUCUGUCCUGUGCGGUCGCAUCUGACAUCCUCCGCGCUCUCCAUCUAGAACCUUGAAGACUCGCCACCGCCAUCAUGGGUCUCACUUUCUCCAAAAUCUUCGACCGUCUAUGGGGACGGAAGGAGAUGCGAAUUCUGAUGGUUGGUCUCGACGCCGCCGGAAAGACCACCAUCCUGUACAAGCUCAAGCUCGGUGAAAUCGUCACCACCAUCCCCACCAUCGGCUUCAACGUCGAAACCGUCGAAUACAAGAACAUUCAGUUCACCGUCUGGGACGUCGGUGGUCAGGACAAGAUCCGUCCUCUCUGGAGACACUACUUCCAGAACACUCAGGGUAUCAUUUUCGUCGUCGACAGCAACGAUCGGGAUCGUGUCGUCGAGGCCCGCGAAGAGUUGCAGCGCAUGUUGAACGAGGAUGAACUCCGUGACGCCCUUCUCCUGGUCUUCGCUAACAAGCAAGAUUUGCCCAACGCUAUGAGCCCUGCCGAAAUCACCCAGCAGCUCGGUCUGCAAAGUCUCACUCGCCGCCCCUGGUUCAUUCAAUCCACCUGCGCCACGACUGGUGAUGGUCUGUACGAGGGUCUGGAGUGGCUCGCCGAGACGCUGCGGAAAACCAACCGCGACUAAAUGGAUAUAAUGAUUGGAGGUAUACCUGGAAGCGUGUGACGGGGACAGUUGCAGAUGAUAUGAUGGGAAACACAGGGGGGAGAAACCGGGGCCGGCAAAGACACCUCGUGUUGUAGUGUGGAAGGGAAAUGCUACUUUGGUGGUUCUUGUAUGUUCUCUUACGGCUCUUCAUUCCUCUAUGCUAUUAGCUUUUUUACUUUUUUUUUGUGUUCUCUCUCGAUGAUAUCUAUAUCUCGGUGUUGAUAGCAACGAUGAUCUCUAUCUUCACUCCCGUCCGCAAUGCUAUCGGAUGGAUGUCUGGUCGCAUGGGGUGACUGGGGGAGCCUACUCGA